GAAGGGCUGUGGCGGUGCCUGGGGUUCGGCCGGGAGGGUCGGUGUCGGCGUCUCGGGCGCUGCCCUGGCGGUGUGGGGUGGCUGGAGCUGCUGCUGGGGGCUCGGGGGAGGUCUUUGUCUCCGGGAGCUGCGUGGUCUUCGCCAGAUGGGCAGAUUUACCCGCAAACCGCUUCGUGACAGCGUUAUAUAAAGGAGAAGGAGGGCAGGGAAAUGCAGGAGGAAGAAAUGGAGAUGAUGACUGAGAAACAGAGAGAUGCGAGAUAUUUCUGGAACAAUACCCCCGAAAAAAGCGAUUACGAGGCUGUGGAAGCCCUUAUUUCUAUGAGUUGCAACUGGAAGUCCGACUUCAAGAAGCACGCAGAAGCGAGACCUAUAACUCCAGCAUCUGAUAUGUCGGAAGAGAGCGACGAGACUUUGCUUCCUGGCGCCGCAGACUUCAACACGAUACCCGCGUUUUGCCUGACUCCACCCUACAGCCCGUCGGACUUCGAGAUGUCUCAAGUCGUCCACCCGGGGCCACCAGCGCCACCUGCAGCGCACUGCAAGUCGCUGGCCGAGGCCGUCAAGCCGCCCCUCACCGCACCUUACACGGAGGCCUCCCGGACUCCGGCACCCAGGCCUCUGAAGGCACAAGCGACCAGCGUUAUUCGCCACACGGCCGACGCUCAGCUCUGCAAUCACAAAACCUGCCCGGUGAGAACAGCCAGCGUGCUGAAAUACCAGGACAGUGUUUCACGGGAAACCGAUAGUAAACAGAGCACCGAAGCGCAGCGCGUGGCGGUGGCGCCGGGCAGAGCGAGUUACGAAAGUGGCAAACUGCCAGCUGCGGAAGGGAAGACUGCAGAACCAGCUGGCGGCGCCGAGCCCUCGACGAAGCCCGCGGCCAGCACGCAUCCGUCCGCCCCCGGAGCGGCACCGUGCUCAGCGCUGGUGGCACCCCCAUGCCCCGUGCCAGGAAGCGGAGCCCCCCCCGUGCCGGUGAUUUGCCAGAUGGUCCCGCUGCCUGCCAGCAACUCGGUGGUGACCGCCGUCAUGCCCAGCACCGCAGCGAGCCAGCAGCCCGCGCUCUGCCAGCCCAUGGUGUUGAUGGGCGCUCAAGUUCCCAAAGGCGCCGUUAUGUUUGUCGUGCCCCAGCCCGUGGUGCCGAGCACCAAGGCGCCCAUCAUUAGCCCGAAUGGCACCAGACUCUCUCCUAUUGCCCCUGCUCCCGGCUUCGUGCCUUCCACAGCCAAAGUCACUCCCCCUCUGGAUUCUUCAAGGAUAAGAAGUCAUGUCUGCAACUACCCGGGGUGUGGGAAAACCUACUUCAAGAGCUCCCAUUUGAAGGCGCAUGUCCGAACGCACACAGGAGAAAAGCCCUUCAGCUGUAGUUGGAAAGGCUGUGAGAGGAGGUUUGCGCGGUCUGAUGAACUGUCCCGUCACCGCAGAACGCACACGGGUGAGAAGAAGUUUGCGUGCCCGAUGUGCGAGCGGCGGUUCAUGCGGAGCGACCACCUGACCAAGCACGCCCGCCGCCACCUCUCGGCGAAGAAGUUACCCAACUGGCAAAUGGAAGUCAGCAAGCUCAACGACAUCGCUGUGCCGCCUCCCUCGGCAGCUGCGCAGUGACGGACUGACUGGGAGCACAGCGGAAUUAACUCUUGUCGCUGGGUAUGCCAGUCUUAAAAAGGAAAAAAAAGACAAAAAAAAAUAGCUUUUGCUCCAGCUCUGUGGUUCUCCGGUGCCAGCUGCUGAUGGCGGCGCGGCAGAGGCAAAGGCAGUGUGUGCUCGGCCAUGAACGGCGCUGCUGGAACAGCGGGCGUCUUUUGCACUGGUGAGGAGAGAGAAAGGGCAGGGUGUAGAGCAGAGCAGCGCGCGCUGUGCGCCUCCUGAAUUCGGCAGAUGCUUCACGCAUCCUCCAUGUCAGCCGCACAGCUGCGGCACUGACGGCUCGCAGCUGAUGCGUGAGCCCAGCGCGGAUUUAGCGACUGCUUGGGAAUCUCCAGCACAGCGUAGAUGAGGACGAUAGCGAGGUUCGUACUCCUGCCGCCUCUUCCUGGUAGGAGCCCUCUCCUCCUGCCCCCUCUCGGGUGCAUCCAGCGGGCGCUGUGGUGCCAGGCGCCGGGCGGCUGUGGUGCCAGCUUUGCCCUGCUGCCCGAGGUGGGUGCGUGGGCGCUAAGGGGCACGGCGCGGGCACCCGGAGGGGUUUGGAGGCCUCGUGCUGAUUACAACUGGUCACCCUCGGGCAUCGUGCGGUGCUUCUGCUUCUGUGUUGCUUAUGGUUUCCUUUGUACCUUCUCAAAGCGCUGCACCACGGCAUUUUUUUCAUGAGCAGAUACAGUGCACUUUUAAGAACAAUGUAGCUGUAAACUACUCGGGUUGAUUAAGAAAAUGAGAAUCUUAGGCUUCUUGAGGGUGUUUUUCUCUGAAAGACGGCUUAUACUACAUGAAUUAUGGAUAUGCUAUGUAUUGUAUUAAAUUAGGAAGUUGUGAUUUGAAGAGUAAAAUGAGGCCGUUGAGACACCGCCUAGAAUUAAAGCUGUAUAUUUUGUGACAAACAAUGCAUCAACUUUCACUAUCUCUAUUUUAUCAUGCUACGUUGAGGACACAUACCAGAAAGUGGACAGUUUGGAAAUAGUGUAUUAGAUACGCUCUUUUGUGACUACUUAAAGAUUUGCACAUUUCUUAUGUUGUACUUUAUACUUUGUUUACAAUAAAACCAAUUUUCUUUAAUAUAGA